GCAUUAGAAAAAAUAACAACAAUCUAGCCAAAGAUGUCUAAGCUCGGCAUCUUUUUAGUACUGGCCCUAGUCCUCAUCUUGGGAGUUUCUGAUGCUGUUCCCCUCAACCCUGCCUCCAAUGGCGAUUCUUUGGAUGUUGAAUUGGACAAAAUCAAGGUUGAUGAAAGCUGUGAAGGAAUAGAAGAAGAGGAAUGCUUGAUCAGAAGGACUCUAUCAGCGGAUUUGGAUUAUAUCUAUACACAGUCACCCAAUAAGCCACCCAACAAACCUUGAGUUAUAUUGCACAUAGUGAUAUGUAUGUAACUGAUUCAUGAUCUUUGAUUCAAUGAUCAAAAUCAGUAAUGAUUAAAUAAAAGCCAUCGAAUGUUGGAGAGCAGACUCAACCAAUAAGAAUCAUUCAGAUUUCAACAUAA